CGCUUGGUAAUCAACUAAAAUUAUUGACAGGUAUAUCGCAGAGGGACUACACUCAAUACUACGAUCAUAUCUCUAAGCAACAUGAGGAGAUCUGUAGAUCAAUACAGGAGUUUUUCAAGAAACACAUACAGCAUAAAUUCUUGGAUGAAGACUUUGUUUUUGAUGUGUACAGAGACAGCAGGGGUAAGAUUUGGUUAAUAGAUUUUAACCCAUUUGGUGAAGUAACAGACUCCCUCUUGUUUACAUGGGAAGAACUGACCUCUGGAAAAAACUUGAAAGGAGACCAGAGUGAAGGGGAAGCAACAGAACAGGACUAUCCAGUUUUCCGCUGUACGAACAGUAAAGUUACUGUCCAGCCUAGUCCAUACCUGAGUUAUCGGCUGCCAAAAGAUUUUGUGGAUCUUUCUACAGGAGAAGAUGUUCACAAACUAAUUGACUUUCUUAAACUGAAAAGAAAUGAGCAAGAUGAUGACUGA